GCAACAUAUGGGAGCAGAUAUACUGAGCUAUUUAUGCAUAUAUAGACUCACAGAAUCAUUAUAUAAUAUGCACCCAAAACAAACGAAAAAAUGUGCAAGAGAGGCAAUAUUUCAAAACUAAACAUUUCGAAUCCUGAAAAAUAAGAUACGUUUUGCCAAAAACCCAGUACGUUUUCAGAAGUGUGUUAAAUUUUUUUUGGAACUAAAAUCUGCAAAAUUUAAGUACUACAGAAAAAAAAGUUUUAAAACGAAAUGGAAAAGGUUUGCCAGUUUUUUCGAAACAACUAUGUGCUGGCCAACUGCGAGGAUGCUAUCUACAAAAGGUCGUUCUCCCUGAAUUUAUCUCACUACCAAAUGUCCGAAGUUCCGGACAUCAUCGAGCAGUGCGAGACGCUGAUGAAGCUAUUCCUCAACCAAAACAAGUUGACAAAGAUUCCAUCAUCCAUUGGCAGUUUGAUGCGUCUGCAAGUCCUCACUUUGGAUUACAAUAAACUGAAUGAAUUCCCGCUCUGCGUAUGCCGCCUGGUCCGUCUAAAGUUUCUCAACAUCAGCUGCAAUAGCAUAUGUUAUUUGCCUCCGGAAUUUGGCUAUCUGACCCAGUUAGAAACCUUCUGGUGCAAUAAUACCGGACUUUUGGAACUACCCUCUGAAAUUCGGAACUGCGAACACCUCGAAACGUUGGGAGUGAGAGGUAAUCCUUUGAAGCGGUUGCCCGACGCUAUUGGUGCUCUGUCGUCGCUCCGUUGGUUCACCGCCGAAGGCUGCGAGCUCAACGAUGUUCCAUUGACAAUGGCAUUGCUGGGAAAUUUGGUGCACCUGAAUCUCAAGGGGAAUAGACUGAAACGAUUGCCCAGGAUGCUAAUGGCCAUGCAAAAGCUGCGAUUCGUCUUCCUUAACGAGAACAAAAUUGACGAGCUGCCUACGAGAUCACAGUUGGAAGAACUGAGCACACUUCAUAUGCUAAACUUGUCCAAGAAUCCUAUUAGCCUUCAUCACGACCUGCAGCUAAUGGCUUUGCGCCAGACGAACCUCUAUGUGGAUAUGCCGGUAGAUCCGACCUUACCCUGCGAUGGCCUUUCCAGUCGAGCUAGUCUCAACACACAGGAUCAGCAGGAGGAUCAGGCUCGAGGAGCUGGUCAAGAUAUAGAUUCCUCCGACUGGGCUAACAGUGUGCGCACUAGCGAACUGGACACAACGGAUGAGAGUACGCUGGAGAACAAUAUCGAGGACCUGAGUGUCAUGCUGCCGGAAAUGUCCCGCUUUGUUACCACCUUUUAAGAAACAUCAUUUUGAUGGAAGUGUGAUAUUAUGUAGCACGCAUAAAACUGUGGUUUAUUCCCUA